GGCCGGGCCGGGCCGGGCCGGGCCAUGAGGGCGGCGCGGGGCGCGGCGCUGGCGGCGGCGGCGGUGACGGCGGUGGCGCUGGCCGUGGCGGCCUGGCGGCGGGCCCGGCCCGUGCGGGAGGUGCUGUUCUUCCCCUCGCGGCCCUGCUGCAUCGAGGCGCUGCUGGCCGAGGCGGCCGAGCCGGGAGCGCCCGCCCGGCCCUGCCCGUGCCCGCUGCCGAGCGGCGACACCGCCCUGAGCCGCCUGGUGCGCCGCCUCCUCUCCGCCCGCCGCUCGCUCGACCUCUGCCUGUUCUCCUUCUCCUGCCCGCAGCUCGCCCGAGCCGUGCAGCUCCUGCACCGCCGCGGGGUCCGCGUCCGCCUGGUGACGGACGCGCAGUACAUGGGGCUGCACGGCUCCCAGAUCGGCCGCCUGCGCCACGCGGGGAUCCAGGUGCGCCACGACCAGCACAGCGGGUACAUGCACCACAAGUUCGCCAUCGUGGACCGCAGGAUGCUCAUCACGGGCUCCCUCAACUGGACCACCCAGGCCAUCCAGAGCAACCGGGAGAACGUGCUGGUGGUGGAGGACGCCGAGUACGUGAAGGCUUUCCAGGAGGAGUUUGAAAGGAUUUGGGAAGAGUACAAUCCUGCCAAUUACAGGUUUUUUUCCGAAAGGCAGUAAAUGGUUGAGCUGCCUCACAGGGCUGGUGGAGCAUGGCAACACCCGCAGAUUUUAUUAUUGUGUAUAGACAUCAUUGUUUUGUCCGUCUGGGUGUAACUUUGGUAAACGUCUCCAGAGAAGUGUUCUCUGCCCUAAAAUGCCACAGAUCCCUUGCUGUGGGUCAUUCCCGUGCUGGAGGGAAUGACACAGCUGUUUGCUUGUGCGGGUGGCAGUGCCAGAGCUGCAUCCACAGGCAUUAACCUUUGGGCAGGCUCGUUUCUGUGCCCUGGUGCAGAGCAGGUGUGUUCAUACAGUGCUGAGCGAGUGUUUCAGUGGUAAAAGGAACAUUUCCAGCUCGGGAUAUGGAAUGGAAUUGUAGCCAGUUCCAAAUGGAAUUGUAGCCCAAGAGCUCCUCUACACGGGUAAAGAAAGGAGAGAUAAGAGGGCUACAGCAGAGUUAAGAGUUCCUGUAGAUUAAGUGCCUCGGUUACAUUUCUUGUUGGCAUUAAUUGUUGAAAGUUGGUAAAAGGAAAUUCGUGGGAAAUAGCAACAAUUUUUAAGUUUGGAUUGUGUACAUGUUUCUUUUGGUUAGAGGUUAGCAGAGCUCCGGUGUAAAAGCGUGAGCACGGAUGGUAAAGACAGCUUCUCUUCCAGCAAGGAACUGUAGGGAGGUCUGGAAGGAAAUGGGAGAAAUGGUUCUUUGGGAUCAGGGUUUAUCUGGACUGCAGACACGCUGGAGUUGGGUCACCCACUUCAGGUGGGCUCUGGAAACCCUGGUUCUUUCAGGUGUUGGGACACCGUGUCAUGGUCUGCCCUCACUGGCAGCACCACGGGGACAGCGAGGGGAGGGAGGUGACAUCUCUGUCCCCACAGCUCAGGGUGGAACAAAGAUGAUGUAAACAUGAGAAUUUCAAACUCAAAAUAGUGUCUAUGUAAGAAUUGUUUUAUACUGAAUAGCAAGUGCCUUAAUAUCUCUCAAAACGAAAAGAGUUUUUUAUAUUCUGUUACCAUUUUUGUUACCAGUAGUGCUGUGAUUGGCACUGUUAAAUAAACCAUUUUCACAGAAAACA